UUAUUCUUUUUUUAAUUAAAGUGAUAUAUAGUCAUUGAAAGAUAUAUAUAAAAAAAAAAGUAUUUUCUCCUAAUUGCCAUACAGUUACGCGUGGAAAUAAUUUUGGUACCUGCAUCUGUCUAUUAUUUUGUUUUCCUAUCUAUAAAAUUAUUUGGGCACACAAAUAUAAUUUUAAUUAGUGUAUUUAUUUCUUUUUGGGGUGAGGAAAAAAACAAACACUAAUGUGAUCUUAUAUAUUCAGUUCAUAAUGCUUGCAAUCAUGAAUCUUGGUUGCCUCACCCGCAUGCCCCCCCAAGUCCCUUUCCUUCUCUUUCUCUUUCAUUCUCCUAUAAAUACCACACACACCCCACUUCUCUCUUUCACCCUGUAGUUCUUCACUUUAUUUAUUCUUCUUCUAAACUCACUCACUUACUCCCAUUGAAACGCUUCGUUUUGUUUAAAAAAAAAGAAGAAGAAAAAAAACACCAAAUGGCUGUAUCGGGUUUUGAAGGGUUCGAGAAACGAUUGGAGCUCCAUUUCUUCGGAGAUGACCCGACUGAAAUGGACCUCAAUAAUUUGGGCCGAGGACUGGGCCUAAGGCGACUCGACUUUGAUUCUCUACAACAAGUCCUUCACGCUGUACAAUGCACUGUCGUUUCAGCCGUUGGAAACCUCUAUUUCGAUUCGUAUGUUUUAUCAGAGUCAAGUCUGUUCGUUUACCCUGAUAAGAUCAUCAUCAAGACUUGUGGGACCACUCAGCUGCUCAAAUCCGUCCGUCCAUUGAUUCAUCACGCUCGCCACCUGGGCUUAUCUCUGUCGUCCGUUCGGUAUACCCGCGGUAACUAUAUCUUCCCUGAGUCACAGCCUUUUCCCCAUACGAGUUUCAAGGAUGAGGUUGUAUAUCUCGAAGAUUCUCUCCCAAACAGUCUUCGCUUCAGGAAAGCCUCUGUUAUGCCUUCGAAAAUUCCAACUCAUUCAUGGCACGUUUUCACAGCAAGUACCGAGAUCGAUCUAGGCGACGUCUUCACGAUCGAGAUCUGCAUGACCGAGCUCGAUAAGGUCUCUGCCGGAAAGUUUUUCCGGCGACCGAGUGAUGGAAAGAACGGUGAUUCCGCCGGGAAGGAGAUGACGGAAGCUACUGCCAUCGGUAACAUCAAUCCUUCCGCAUUAAUCUGUGAUUACGCUUUCGAUCCUUGCGGUUACUCCAUGAAUGGAAUCGACGGUGAUCGUUACUCCACAAUCCACGUCACGCCUGAGGACGGCUACAGCUACGCCAGCUUCGAGACAGUCGGUUCCCGCCACGGUGGAGACGACAUCGCUAGGGUUUUGAAGAAAGUAGCUCAGAUUUUCCGACCAGCGACCAUGUCGGUUUCGACGACUUCAGCAGGUAGAGAUGUUUGGGGGCGAGUCGCCUCAGCUCUCGAACCACUCGGUUUGAAACGCAGGAGUUGCGCCGCGGAUGAGUUUCCAUCUGCCGGAACCGUCGUGUACCAGACUUUCACGACUCGCCGAAAGUAGACCGUUACGGCGGAGAUGUUGACCGUUGAGUCAGUGGUGGUGGUGGUAGAUAAUCGAAAUUUAAAAGACAAGAAAAAGGAGGGAGAUGAAAGAAUACUUAGUAGAGUGAUCAGUCAGUUUAGAGAAACCAAAAGAAAAAAUUAGGUCGGGUGAUGAGUGACAAGUGGAAAUUUGUUUUACACGUGGCGAAAUCGUAUUGGUUAAUGAGGGAUUUGACUUGUGUAGGUGGAUAUAUAAAUAUAAAAAAAAUGGUGAUGACGUGGUAGCAUUUUGAAAAAUAUAUAUUAUAUAUGUUAAAAAGAAGAACCAAAAAAAAAAAAAAGAGAAGAAUAUGAUAAUGUGGGCUGUGUUGUUGGUACUGGGUAUCACCAUGAUAAUGCACCCCACUUAGGCUUGUCACGCCUAAGAUUUUUGAGGUUGUGUAGUGAGUGGGGGGGUUAAAAGUGCUCUGCCUUCUUCUUCAACUUAAAUAUCAAAAAAAGAAAAAAAAACUUUCUGUAUUCUUUUC